AAGGUAGAAAAAAAAUCGCGAGCGUCGACUGAAUGAAUUCAGUUUUUUUACUUUUUUUCCGUUUACUCAUUGCCGUUGUUGUUGCUUCAGUUCAUAUUGAAGCUUUGCCAGCGCUAGUCUGCAAUUUGACUUUGCUGGAAUUUUUUUUCAUAUUCAUUUAUUUUCAUUCGCAUUCUAGUUUUUGUUGUUGUUGUUUGCCGGAUUAAUAGAAUGAACACACAUACUGGAAUAUAAGGCAAAAAUAAUUUGUGUUAAAUUGCGUUAUCAGUGAACAAACAUUCGAAGUUUCGAAUAUCUAAUAUGCAAAAAAAUAGUGCUAUAUGGAAAUGAGUGAAAAAGAACCCCGAUCGAUGUCGAUACACAUUUAUCUUUAUUAAGAAUUGAGAAUGUGUGUGUGCUUAUUGUAUAUUAUUACACAAUAAUGACUCGAUUGAUAAAAAAAGUAAAUAAUCGCCUGUUGUUUCAGUAAUCGACACAAAAAGAAGCGAGCAUUUCAGCCGAAAAUAAAAAAAAAUUAAUUUUUUUGCGGUGGAAAUAGAAAAUCGUAUAGGAAUAAAAAUUAAUUACCGUUUUUAAAAGAAAAAGUGGCUAAAAAAUAAAAAUAAAAAAGUUGCGUGAAAGUUAAUUUUCGAAAAGAAAUAUUUAUUUAUAUCCAUAGAAGUGUGAGAUGUGUAUUUAAUUUGGUUAAUGCAAAAAAUAAUAAAAAUAAAAGAAAAUCGCAAAAAUUGAUUUUAAGUGAAAAUGUAGUUGCAAGCUAUGCACACAUUUUAAACUAAUUAACAUUUUUCAUUCAUAAACUGACCGAUUACAUUGAUUUUUCUUUGCGCCUAUGUGUAUGAGAAACAUUAGCAACAUACAAGCAUAAAUUACACUAUCAUCGAUGUUCUUACAAUUAUGGCUCAUAUUACUAUCGUAUGGCGUGCAAUCAUUAAGAAAUAUGAGAAGGUGCGGGAUCCGUUUCUAGGAGCUAUUUCAUCUUCACGUUCAACGUCUGCGACACGAGCGUUUGAAGGAGUUGAGUCGAGUAAGAUAGAUGCAUCAUCAUCGUCUUCAUCUACAACGUUACACGAUUCUAAACUCGAAGAAAUUAUUGUUAAUAAUACAAUGGAUCGAUGUGAAGUGCGUAAGAGCAAAUCGAAGGUGCGAAGCUACUUGAAACGAUGCAAAGAUGCACUUUAUGGACAUCAAAAUGAAGAGACGUGUAAUAUAACGGUACAUGAAGACAUCCAGCAAUCAUCUGCCUCAACCACUUCAUGGUACCUUACAGAAACUGACGACUCUAAUUGUGAUUCACAAAAUCCCAAUAAUAUGCAAUUGCUAAAAGGUAUAAAAACAAAUCAAGCAGUCGACGAGCAGGAAGCGAUCGAUAAUGAAAUUAAAUGCAUGAGCAUGACUGAAACUGUGCCUCUGGUGGAAUCUCAGGUCAAUAAGGAUUCAUGCAGCGUAUCAAGUCUCAUUGACAAAUAUUUGGGUCAGCUGUAUCCGCUGUAUAUGGAACACACAAGAGAUGUUCUGAUACGACAAGCACGCGAUAUUCUUGUUUGCACAUUUCACGGUGAUCUCGCAUCAUUUGAGGAAAUAUUUUUAUCGCCAGCUGCAGUUAUUAUCGCAAAGAUCAAACAAAAGUUUAUGGAAGGUGAUGCAAAUCAACAGCUGUGGCAAAAAGGUUGGCCUUUGAGCCUCUCAAACGGAGCCCUAUCGCUACAUUUGGGUACAAUUGAUGAGUCAUUGGUUCGACAACAGGACUUUUACUUAUGCAUCCGAUCGGCGACUUCAAAUGUCUCACCAUCACUGUACGUAUGUUGGCGUGCAAAUGAAACAACCGGAAUUACUUAUCGACAAUUGGAUCCCGAUAAAGAUCCUAUUACACCACUACAUAUUGAGAUGUUAGCCGGUGAGGAGUUGCCACAUUUACUUCAAACGUUACUUGUGGGAGUGGAACAUGCCAUUUGUCGUAUUCCACUUGAUGAAUUAACAUUUCCACAAUUUAACACAAAAUUACAGCAUUCCAAUGACGUCAAUGGUCAGCAAAAUGAUAACAGCACAGCAAAUUAUUUAAUUGAAAAUGUUAAACAGCGACUGGAAUGUAAUUUAAAGCGACGAGAAUUGAUUACAAAGAAUAAUUCCAUAAAUAAAAAGUAUGCAGCGGUGAAGAGAAUAACGUGCAAUGGAAGCAGCCCGUAUGAUAAUGAAAGUGAAACGGCACUAGAUGUAUGCAAUAAUAACAAUAAAGAGUCUGUCGAUGUCAGCAGCAGCAAUACAAAUGAUGAUGUUUUAAAUGGUAACAGCGAUCUUUCAUUGACAUCGUCGGGUGCAAUUACAUCGACAUUACCAUUAUUUUGUCUUGGUGGCUCUUUUCCGCAUAUUGACAGUGAUGAGGAAAGUGGCGAUGAUGCAAAGAAAAAUCAGAGUGUGUCACGUUUGGCUUAUGAUGAUGAUAUCGUAGCCCCAAGGUCAAUACACGAUUUAUCGGAGAAAUUGCUCAUGUCAGGCUGCUACUUACCAGGCAAUUACACCAGAACUGGCUCCCCAUUGAUUGUAAUCGAAAGUGAUAAAGUUCAUCAAGCUGGCUUGAAUUGUUACGAGAUUGCAACACUUAUACUUUUCUACAAUACAAUACCGAUGAAUUCAACGGCAUUUGUUAUCCAUUUAAUUGCAAAAAGCGAUAAUAAUGGUCACGUAAAAGUCGUCUUAGAUAAAUUGGAUAACAGUAUGCAGCUAUUGCACGGUCACGUUAAAAUAAAUUCAAUACUUAUUACUGUGACAUCGUUGAAUAGUUGCAAUGAAGACGACGAGAAUUGCGUUGACGGUGGUGGAGUAAGUGAUGGUGAAAAUAAGAGAAGUUACAAUGAACAAUUACCAAUUAGUCAUAUAAAGUUAGCAUAUGCAUCGUCACACGAGCAGCUGCUGGAGCAUAUAACAUUAGAUAAUUUAUUGUCAAUAUGCAAUGGACCGUUGGAGCACGAUCAAUUUGAAUGGAUUGGAUUCUUUAAGACAAUAGAACCAUUGCAAAGUCAGUGCUUGAUAGCAGGACGUCGUUUAGUUUCCGUACUCAAUGAUAUUCGAAAUGCUGAUCUUCAAGGUCCACCACCAACGCGACGUCAACUACACUCACAACAUCGAGCCUUAUGUCGUGCACUUAUGGAUAGUGAUUUACAAAUGCUACGACGUAAAGGACCGAUAACAUUAAAUCAAUUGCAAGAGCAUAUAAAGCGCAUAAGGAAGCGAUAUGUACCAUGUUAUGCAUUAACAAUUAAAACCAAAAAUUUUAUAGUGAACGAUAAACGUUAUAGUAGUUAUAUUGAUUCAUCCACCGCUGUCAGUCAUACUAAUCAUAAUAAUAUACAUAGUAAUAGUAAUAGUCUAAAUUUCUAUCAUAAGAGAAACAAAAGUGAGCCCAUUGGUAACGGAAAUGUUAUAAAUAAUAAUUGUAAUAUUGAUCAGCAACUAAAACAAUCAACGACGAAUAUAAACUUUGUUGAACAGAGAUUAAAUGGAUUGAUAACUGUCUUUAAUGAAGUCGAUCGUGCAGCGAAACGAUUAGAGCAAUUAACUGAACAACAUCGCGAACGAUUACGCGAACUUACAAGACAACGUGCAUUAGAAGAUGAAAUCAAUGAGGUCAUUGAAUGGAUCAAAACCGAGGGAGAGAAUUCGCUUACAAAGUACAGUUCGCUUUCAUUGGAGUGCGGGAACACGAUCCGUGAUGAAGAGCAGGAGUUUGAGAAAUAUUAUUUCAUAUCUAUGAAACAUAUUGCAAAGGGUAAAGACUUGAUUGAGGCGACAAAUGAUCUGGAAUCCUUGAAACUUUACGGUGUAAAUUUAAACUCAAUCCUAAAAGAUUAUAGCGGACGUUUAGAAAAUUUACGAGAAAAAGUCGAAGGCGCUGCACGCCUUCAUCAUUUAUUGGCAUUGAAAUUGAAUGAGGCCGAUGUACAAAUGGAAAUGCAAAAGCUUGCCGAAAAAAUUGGACUCUCAGGCUUAAUGCAAAGUCAUAUGAAAUCGACAUCAACAACAUCAUUAACGUCAUCUUUAAAGAAAGUUACUGGAAAGAUGACAAUUACCACAACGACAAUUACCACUAGUACACCAAAAAAAGAAACUUUAUGUGACAGCAAUCAUCAUCAACAGCAGCAACAGCAGCAGUCAGUUGAUUCGCACAGUUUGAUUGCGACAUCGAUGCCUACAUCAUUGCUACCUGCGAUUGAAGAGUCGCCAGAAAAGAAGCUUGAUAAUGUAAACAGCAGUCAGACAGUAACAAUAGCCAAAGCAUGUCAAGAAGAAGACAUUGAUGAUAUUGAUGAUGAUUUGACAACAACAACCGUUGCAUCGAAGACGACAUUAGGUGAUUCUGGUAUUGGUACAACAAUGUACGAUGAAUCAUAUGUUAGUGAAAUGAAGGAAGAGGAGAAGCUUUUAAGGGCAUGUUCAUGUGAGAGCAUUGUCGAUGAUGCAACAAUGAAUGCAUGUGAUAACAUAAGUCAGCAUGAGCAAGACGACUUAGAUGAUUAUGAUACAAGUGAAAACAUAACAAGCAUAAGCAUGGAUGAGCCGACGAGUAAAAGUGAAAGUAUUAAUCAUAUAGCACAAGUUCCACUACAAGCCAAUGCACACCUCUAUUGUCAUGCAUCAAACUUACAAUUGGAUCUAGAUGAUUCUGUUAUUGAUCAAAAAACACAAAAGACGCUUCUUUUAAUCAUGCGAGAGAUGAUUACAACUGAACGCGACUACGCCAGAUCAUUGUAUUAUGUUAUCGACAAUUAUAUGCAGGAAUUGCUACGUGAAGAUAUUCCACAAGCUCUACGUGGUCAACGAAAUGUAAUUUUUGGAAAUAUCGAGAAGAUUCAUGAGUUUCAUCAGCAACACUUUUGCAAGGAAUUAGAAACUUAUGAGCAUCAUCCGUUGAAAGUCGGUGCAGCUUUUCUACGUCACGAACCAAAAUUCUACUUAUACGCUUUGUACAAUAAAAAUAAACCAAAAAGUGAUUCACUCAUGAGUGAAUAUGGCUCAGCAUUUUUCAAGUCAAAACAGAUUGAGUUGAAUGAUAAAAUGGAUUUGGCAUCAUAUCUUCUCAAACCGGUUCAACGUAUGGGAAAGUAUGCAUUGUUAUUACAGCAACUUAUGAAGGCAUGUUCGAGUGUACAGUCUUCGGGCAAUCAGGAACUUAUCGAGGACUAUGAUGAACUACAAAAGGCUGAAGAAAUGGUUCGUUUUCAAUUGAGACAUGGUAAUGACCUAUUGGCAAUGGACUCAUUAAGAGAUUGUGAUGUGAAUGUGAAGGAACAAGGUCGAUUAUUAAGACAAAGUGAGUUUCUUGUAUGGGAAGGUAGAGGUGGGAAGAAAUCACUACGACAAGUGUUUUUGUUCGAAGAACUUGUGCUGUUUAGUAAGGCUCGUCGGUUUCCGGAUCGUAAGAAUCUAGACAUUUACAUUUAUAAGAACAGCAUAAAGACAUCCGAUAUUGGAUUGACGGCAAAUAUUGGAAAUUCGCCAACGAAAUUUGAGAUUUGGUUUAGAAAACGUAAGCCUGGUGAUACGUGGACUUUGCAGAGUAUGAAUGAAGAAAUUAAGAAUGCAUGGACUGAGGAAGUUUCUAAAUUGCUUUGGCAACAGGCCAAAAGGAACAGAGAAGUCAGAAUGGCUGAAAUGUCUUCAAUGGGAAUUGGAAGCAAACCUUGUCUUGAUAUCAGGCCGAGUUGUGAUCAAAUUAAUGACAGAUCAAUCAGCUUCUCACAACUUGGAAAAGCACCAAAAUUCCGUAAUUCAUUUGUGGGCUCUCUACCCGACACAAAAUCAUCAGCCCGUCGUCCAAACUCAAUUAUCUCACUAAGCUCAUCAGCCUCAUCGGCUGGCUCAUCAGUAUCAUCAGCAUGCACCAAAUUAAAUCAAAAUAGCGACGAAUCAGAACGACCUCAAAGUCACUUCCGAGAUUCACAGAAAGAUAAAAAGAAUUUAAAGCAGGAUAAAAAUGUGCCAUGUAAAUUUAAAUAUUCACGUUCAACAACGGUUGUGAGUCAGUGCUCAACAGAGAGUGGAAUUCUUGCUGAUUUCUCAUCGCUAAGCCCUGAAGAAUGCCUUGAAAAUCCACUAUGGCCAUCAUCGUCACUAACUGGAAUUUCACUUAAGAAAUCAAAUAGCGUAUUAACGUCUGUAUCAGCAUCAUCUGGUGCAUCUGUCUCAACGACAUCAUCCUCAUCAUCAUCAUCUGCAAAUUCAACAAGCUAUGGUAAGAAUACAAGCAUCAGUAACAGUAAAGAAUCAUCUGCACAUUUGUCCUCAAAUAAGAUUAAGACGAUAAACAAUAAUAGUAAUAAUAUGAGUAAUGUUAUUGUUAAGAAAGAUGAGAACUCAUCUUCACUUGAUAAAUCAUCCCACAAAUCAAACAGUAAUUCCAGUAUUUCCGAUGUUUAUUUAAAUGAAAAUAAUGUUACCGUCCAUUUAUAAGCAGAUCUACUUUAUGAAAUAAAUAAAAUUCAUUCCUGCCUACUACUUAAUUCAUCACUACCUAGGGUGUGUGUUUAAGGAGGUGUGGUGGGUAUCUGUUGAGUUAAGUCUUCAGAAUUUAGAAACUGACUUCAAAAUUUAUAUGAAUAGGCUUUCUAAACCUAGAAUUGAGCUUUAAAACUCAGCGUGAACCUACAAAUUCGAUUGUCAACCUCAAUAUUCAAAAGUGUACAUCAAAAAUCAAAGUUUGCCCUCGAAAUCUCAAUUUUUACUUCUAAAUUUAAGAACCAACACAAAAAAUCUGGUUAUUGCACAAAAGAUUUGGAAUAAAGUCUAAAGACUUAAAUCAGAGAUUCUUUUUAAGGGCUAUCGGGACAACUUUAAACCUAGAAUUGAAUAAUCAAAGUUCUUAACUAUGUAAGACAAAUACAACUUUAACUAGAGGAGGUGCCCCAAGUAGACCUAGAAACCUAGAUUACCUCUUAUCAUCCACUCAAACACACACCUCCCACUACCUACAAGUCUGCUUUAUACACUUCAUAGAAAUAAAUUCAUUUCCUACUGUUUCCAUCCCCUGAACUAAAAUAUAAAAUUUUUCUAUCACACAAAAACUGCUGGCACUGUCAAAUGAAAUCAAAACGAACCUUUUGUAACUU